CGUUGCGCUCAGGCGUCCGCGGCGGGCAGCCCGGGCCCUGGCGGCUGGCGGCGGGGUCCUCGCGCGGCUGGCAGUGGGGCCGGGCCGCGGCGGAGCGGCGGCGGCCGGCGGCGGCGGAGCGGCGCGAAGAUGGCGGACGUGCUGAGCGUGUUGCGGCAGUACAACACGCAGAAGAAGGAGAUCGUGGUGAAGGGCGACGAGGUGAUCUUCGGCGAGUUCUCCUGGCCCAAGAACGUCAAGACCAACUAUGUCAUCUGGGGGACGGGGAAAGAAGGUCAGCCCAGGGAAUAUUACACUUUGGAUUCUAUCUUGUUCCUGCUCAAUAAUGUGCACCUUUCACAUCCUGUUUAUGUUCGUCGUGCUGCAACUGAAAACAUUCCUGUGGUAAGAAGACCUGAUAGGAAAGACCUGCUAGCAUACUUAAAUGGGGAAACAUCAACCUCAUCGAGUAUAGACAGAAGUGCUCCGCUUGAAAUUGGCCUUCAGCGAUCCACUCAAGUUAAAAGAGCAGCAGAUGAAAUAUUAGCAGAAGCAAAGAAACCAAGAAUAGAGGAUGAAGAGUGUGUACGUCUUGACAAGGAGAGGUUGGCAGCUCGGUUGGAAGGACACAAAGAAGGUAUCGUGCAAACAGAGCAAAUCAGGUCCUUGUCUGAAGCCAUGUCUGUGGAAAAAAUUGCUGCUAUCAAAGCAAAAAUCAUGGCAAAGAAAAGAUCCACUAUCAAAACUGAUCUGGAUGAUGACAUAACUGCUCUUAAACAGAGAAGUUUUGUUGAUGCUGAGGUGGAUGUAACCAGAGAUAUCGUCAGCAGGGAGAGAGUAUGGAGGACGAGAACUACAAUCUUACAAAGCACAGGCAAGAACUUUGCCAAGAAUAUUUUUGCAAUUCUUCAAUCAGUAAAAGCCAGAGAAGAAGGCCGUGCACCUGAGCAGAGACCGGCACCAAAUACAGCACCCACGGAUCCCACUUUACGAAAUAAGCAACCUAUUCCAGCUGCCUACAACAGAUAUGAUCAGGAAAGAUUCAAAGGAAAAGAGGAAACGGAAGGCUUUAAAAUUGAUACCAUGGGCACCUAUCAUGGAAUGACGUUGAAGUCUGUAACGGAAGGUGCUUCUGCCCGAAAAACACAAACUCCAGCAGCACAGCCUGUGCCACGACCAGUUUCUCAAGCAAGACCACCUCCAAAUCAGAAAAAAGGAUCUCGAACUCCCAUAAUCAUUAUUCCGGCAGCCACCACCUCUUUAAUAACUAUGCUUAAUGCAAAGGACCUUCUGCAAGAUCUGAAGUUUGUACCAUCAGAUGAAAAGAAGAAACAAGGCUGUCAACGAGAAAAUGAAACUCUAAUACAGAGAAGGAAGGACCAGAUGCAGCCUGGGGGAACUACAGUCAGCGUUACUGUACCUUAUCGAGUAGUAGACCAACCUCUGAAACUUAUGCCACAAGACUGGGAUCGUGUGGUGGCGGUGUUUGUCCAGGGUCCUGCUUGGCAGUUCAAAGGUUGGCCUUGGCUGCUCCCUGACGGAUCACCUGUCGAUAUCUUUGCAAAAAUUAAAGCUUUCCAUCUCAAAUAUGAUGAAGUACGUCUGGAUCCAAAUGUACAGAAAUGGGAUGUAACAGUGUUAGAAUUAAGCUACCACAAACGACACUUGGACAGACCAGUAUUUCUACGCUUUUGGGAAACCUUGGACAGGUAUAUGGUGAAGCACAAAUCUCACUUGAGAUUCUGAAUCCUUCAGCUGCCAUUUAUUUACUGGAGUAUGGAUUGGGAAAAAUGAAAGAGGCUCCAGUUUGGAGACCAGAGCUCGCACUAUAGGAUUUGUCAAGAACUUUACAAAUGAAGAAGGGUCACAGUUUAAACUUUUUAUAAAAUCUUGUUUGGAUGCUUCAUGCUAUGGCAGGUUGAUACCUGUUGUUAUUCCGAAGCAAAUGGGUUUUGCUUAAAACUAUUUUUUUAAUAAUGUUAGCCUUCUAGUCUGCAAUCCAAAUUGUAUAUUUUGAUAGCAGCAGUUUCUUCUCUGUUUUGUUAAAUUAGCCACAUUUUUAAAUAAUGUGUUUUGUUCUUCAUUAGAAAAUAGGUUGAUCUUCACUGCAGGUUACAAAGUGUGUGUGCGUGUGCGCAUGUGCGCACGUUUGUGUGUAUAUAUAUGUGUGUGUGUGUCUAUAUAUUAUAUAUAUAUAAAAAAAAUUAUAGACACACUUACGCACACAUAGGUGUUACCAAGGCUUUCUGAACCACUUAGCUUCUGAGCUUAGUUUUGGUUUUCUUUGCUUAUUGUUUCACUUACUGAGAAUAUUUUGUUGUGAAUGAUACUACAUUUUAGUCAAUAGGACUUGCAAACUGAGCAAAGUGAAGAUUGUUUUGGAUAACUCAAAAUGUCAACCUGUAUAUGUAUAUUCUGUCAGUCUUUGUUGAAAAAGGGAUAAUGAAAAAUCAAGAACUACUUUUUUGGAUUUGUAAUGUCCCAGUUUACUAAAUCUUUAAACUUUAUUAUCAAUACCUUUCAAGUCAUGUUAACAUUAAAUCUUCAUUCUCCACACAGGUCAUUUUAUUUAAACUGCAAGUGUGCAUGUGUACAUUCCCACUUACCAAAUUAUCUUUAUAUAUGAGUCUAAAUGUUACCUAGAUUAAACAAUGAAUAGAAAGGGAGAGAGUUUGGAUUUUUUUUUUUUUUCCCGGAACAGCCACCAUGAGGAAUGAAUAAUUUUAACUUCUUUACAUUUAUACCUCUAAUAUCACCUCUAAUAUUUUUUCUUGUGAUAAAAGUAGCGCAGACUAUCUACAGGACUUGUAAUUUGCUGAUAUGAGUGACUAACUGGCCCUCUAACAGCCCUGCGUUAGAACAGAAAAUAAGCCUACUCCUGUUACCAAAGAGCAGAUCUGCUUCAUCUGCGGUAUGAGCAUAACUGAGGCUAGAAAACACUGGUAUUUGUAUGAAUUUAUGAUAUCUAUAUGUCUAUUUAAUGACAUGAAGUUGAUGUUACAUACCAGUCAAUAUACAGAAUGAUCAAAUACUGUCACACCUGCAUGGAUUUUUCUGGGAUAGAAAAUACACGUUUAUAUUCCUGUUCUUGAAAAUCAAAACCAUGGUUUUUUAAUAUACUUUACUUUUAAGGUUUGACAAAAUUAAAUUGUUCUGCCUAUUCUUCUUUAGUUUUGCUUUUUAUUUGAUGUUACCUUCAAUUUUAAUAAACUGGAAGGCACAUCUCCUUCA